UAAAUCUGACAGUGAUAAGUAACAAAACGUAAACAAAAUUAUCUCUUCAUUUUGAAUUCAUUAUUCUUUAAUAAAAAAUAACUAAAUGGGAUAAACCUGAAGAAUUUUUUUUUUUGGGCCUCUUCAUUUAUUGUAAUGUCAAGCUAUAGUGAAAGACGACGAAAAGAACGAGAAAGUAUUGGUCUGAAGGGAGUGACGGAAGUGUGGGAAAAAUCACCCCAACAACCUUUAAAAGAUUCCGACUCUGAAAAUGAUCUUAUUAAUAAUCAAAAUAAGUUAACAGCUGAUUCAUAUAAAAAAAGAAAGAAGCAUAAAGAAAAGUCCAAAAAAUCUAAAAAGUCAAAAAAAUUAAAGAAACAUAAAGAAUUAAAUAAAAAGAAAAAGAAAAAGAAAGUAUCAUCAGGAAGUUCUAGUAGUUCAGAUAAUGAUGCAGAGCGUGAUGAAUGGAUUGAAAAAAAGAGUUUUGCAGAUUCAAAUACAGAUGAAAUUGUUGGACCAUUACCAAAACCUAAUGUUACUUUAACUCAAAAAGAGUAUGGCCGAGCACUCUUACCUGGUGAAGGAGCUGCUAUGGCAGCUUAUGUGCAAGAUGGUAAACGUAUACCACGUCGAGGUGAAAUCGGCUUAACAUCAGAUGAGAUUGCUGCUUACGAAGCAGUUGGUUUUGUAAUGAGUGGAAGUCGACAUAGAAGAAUGGAAGCUGUACGUAUAAGAAAAGAAAACCAAAUUUACUCAGCAGAUGAAAAACGAGCGUUAGCCAUGUUCAGUAAAGAAGAGAGACAAAAAAGAGAAAAUAAAAUUCUUACACAGUUUAGAGAUAUGGUCAAAAGUAAAACUUCUAGUAAAUAAUUAGUGAUAGAAAACUUCAUAAAUAUUUAUAAUUAUAUAAACAAAAUGACUGAAAUAAAAUAAACAUUAUAAUUAAA